ACACUUGUUCUUCCUCUUCAGCAAAACAAAAUUACAAUGGGAAAGCAAGCCAGUUCCAAGCCAAGAAGGCCAGACUCGUUGCGGAAGGGGAAGGUCACUCCGAUCCAAAUCGCCUUCAUCGUCGACCGCUAUCUCUGCGACAACAACUACUCCGAAACGCGAACCGCCUUCCGAAACGAAACCUCCUCCCUCCUCACCAAUUCCCCUAUUCACGAGGCACCGAAGAGUUUGUUGAGUUUGGGAGAGAUGCUGGAUGAGUAUGUAUGCCUGAAGGAGCAGAAGGUGAUGGUGGAACAGGAGAGGGUGCUUGUCGAGCAAGAGAAGAAUCGUGUUCAGAUGCUGUUGAACGGUAUACAGAAUGUUAUGAACGCUUUCAAUGCUACUACUAGUAGCCGGAGCAUUGUUGCACCUAGUAACAGAACUCCUCCUCCAGGCGUGUCUACUACUAUGCAAAAUGCAUCAAAUGUACAUUCACUUCCUCAGCCUAUCAACACCAAUACAGAGUCUGCAAACUUCUCAAUGCCAGUGUUGAAUCUAUCUGAUAGGAAGAGGAAAGAUACAAUAGCCGUGGACGAGUCUUCUGCCGCAAAGAAAUCUCGUGGAAAAUUAUCCAACAGGAGAAUUCCUUUCCAAGUGCCAGGUCAAAACACACUUCCACAAUCAGAUACUUCUGCUAUCACUAACCAAGUAGCUUCUCAGCCUUCUACACACCAUCCAUCAACUAGGAACAGCGUGCUGAGCGAAUCGCAAGUUCAAGGAUCCACCGUCUCCAAAUGCUUGUUUAAUCAGCCUUCAGCUUCUGUUCCCACAACCACUUCACCAGCUCCAAAGACACCUAGCAUAACAACUUCCUCUCACGGUAAUACACAUAUAUCCCCUCCUGAUAUUCCCCCGACUUUGAAUUGCAAUGAGGAGGCUGCACCCUCAUGUUAUGCUGUAAUAUCAACCAAGAGAAUUAUGGUUAGCCCUACAAAACAAAUGGCUUAUAUAAAGAGUAGUCAAUGCAUUUCUCCUGUGAAGAGAGGUACUUCAGACAAGGCAAGUAACAAGAGGGAUCAUGUAAGAAGCAGGUUGGACUUCGGUGCCUCUGGUUCGGAACUGCCUAUAUGUUCUACAUCCGAUUCGACGAAGGAUGUUGACUUGUUUGACAUUGACAUAGAUGCCUUGGGAACGGAUUUUUCAUUCACUGAAAUGUUAAAUGAUUUUGAAGGCAUUGAUUUUUCUUGCAAUCCAGCAUCAAUGAGUUAUAAGGAUAAUGCUUCAGGGUCACCUCCAGAAUGCAAGGGUAAUCAAGUGAUAUCUGAAAGAUCAACAGUGGGAGAAGUAUCUGGGGAAGAAAUGAAUGUACCGGGCUCUGACAAUUGUUUGAAUACAAUGAUAUCUGUCACAAAAUGCAUAAAGAUUUCAACCCCCGUAAAAAGUCGCCAGGGCUCUUUAGAUCAGUAGAGUUCUUAAAGGGUGUGUAUCCGAGUUAAGAGUUCGGAAGAGUAAUUCCAUCAUUUUCUCUCCGGUAUGAAGUAUAUGGCAUAGAAAUUGAAUUGGUACCUGACUUUGCUGCUGGAGAUGCUUGCUUUUACUUUACUAUACCAAUAAAGAAAGAAACAACACCCCCACGGUUACACUUGACAUAGGGUGUUAAACAGUUAAAAGUCAUUCAUUGUUCAUUAUAGCUUUUAUCAUACUGUUAGUGUUAGGUUACCAUGGGAGGUUGCAACAAUAAGAAUUCUUAGCCGCUGUAGAUAGCUUUCGUUCUCCCACCUUUUUUGGUGUAUCAAAUGAUUACAUAUUUACAUUUUUGUUGGAUUUAGUUAGAUGUUAAACAAGGUAAAACUGUGUGUAAAAACAUCUAAGCUG